AAAAACAAUUAAGCAAGCGUCUAUAGUUUGCAAAAUGAUCAAAUUCCAAACGAUUUUUUGGGGAUUUAAAGAGCACUGUUUUGAAUAUUUUGAAAUAUAUGAUUCUCAGUGCUUUACAUUAUAAAUUACGAAGGCAAUGCAAAUUAUGAUGUAUACCCUACAAGAAAUUCCAGUUUCCUGAAUGAGACAUCAAAGCAACUGGAAUGACUCACCUUCUGUACAGAGGAAGAAAAUCAACAUUAAUCACAGAACUCGGAGCAGAAAUUGGAUGUGCUAGACCCAUCUUCUUAAGCCAUAGAACAGCUUGGCAGAAAGUAAACUUAAGGUCAAAAGAAACAGCAGAUUCUCUGAAGGCAUAUUUGAGAUUAUCAAGGAAGCAGAAAAUUGGUAUUUUGUGUGGUGUUGUGGUUGGAAGUGCCUGUUUUGUGACGUACCAGGUGUGGACAUUAGGUAAAAGGUUAAAGGUGACCGGCAAUGUGCAUGAAAUAGAAAGAGAGAGAGAAUUUUUCUACCCAAAACAACCACUCAAACUCAAAUAUGAGGAUGUGUUUUCAGAGGACAUCAAGAGAAGGGUAGAUUACAACAUUGAGAAAGCUAAAAGGAAGAUUAUUCCAUGGGCACAGUCAAAGACAAGAGAUCCAGCCAUACUGUUGAAGCUAGCAGAGUCAAAAGACCCUGAUAUACGUCGUAGAGGUCUGAGAGCUUUGAUAACUGACAAUGACUGGGAAGAUUUCCAGUAUAGAAUGGUUGCACAGGCAUGCUCUAACCAAACAAUGGUGAGUUUGGCCAGGAUACCAAACUCAGACUAUAGACUAUUCAGACCUAUGCCAUGGCUGCCACCUCCAAAGGAAACUGUAGAAAGUGCAUUACGAAGUUUGUUGGCAGCUCUUCAGAAAGAAGGUGUUGAUAACGGUAUUAAACAGUUCACAGACAAAGUACUACUGGAAGGAAAACCAAAAAAUAUUGUUGAGACAGGUCAGUGGAAUUUUGGAGGUACACCUCUGGAGUAUGUGAAGUCACUUAGUGAUGAAACUGAUGGUCUCAUUGAAAUAUUCUGUCUUGAAGCUCUUGUUAACCACACUUUCAGAGCUGAUCAGUGUAUGAAGAUUGUAGAACUUGGUGGAUUACAGAUUAUGCAGAGAGUUUACCUGGACUUUCAUAAGAGUGUUGUGAUACGUAGACUUAUAGCAUGGAUCCUGGCCAAUAUGUCAUUGAACAUAAACCUACAUAAAGCUAUAAUAGAGGGAGGAUGGGUAGCUGUUUUGCACAGAUGGUUGGAAAGUUCCGAUACAGCCCUGUUCUUUCACACGGCCCGGGCACUAGCAAAUCUUGACAGGGAUUGGAAGUCAGAAAAUGGCAUUCAGGCAUUCUACGAAGAUGGUGUAUACCUGGCUUAUCCCGUACAUAAGAUAAUUAAUAAGAAGGAGAAAGUAAAGACAGAUAUAGUGUUUGUACAUGGUUUGAUGGGAGGACCUUUCAAGACAUGGAGACAGGAGGAUCGCAGACAUACAGAAAAGGACUUUGUUGUCACAGAUGAUUUCAGGCGUAGUCAUACCUUCUUCUGGCCAAAGGAUUGGUUAGCAAAAGAUGUACAUAAUCUGAGGCUAUUGAAUGUUGGAUAUCAGACAGAAUUGACGACAUGGGACACUAGGCAUCCUCUCGAAGCUGAAAAGAGGACAUUAUCCAGUAGGAGUAUGGAACUUCUUGAGAAGUUAGAGAGAGCGGACAUAGGGAAUAGACCUGUUAUAUGGGUCGGGCACUCUAUGGGUGGAUUAUUAAUAAAGGAGAUACUGAAUGUGGCCAGCAUGGAAAAGAGAUUCUCCAAAGUCUUAGACAACACAAUUGGUGUCGUGUUUUAUAGCGUACCUCAUCGUGGAUCAGCUCUUGCAAAGAUCAGCAACCGUGCCAAGUACAUGGUGUUUCCUUCCAUAGAAGUGCAGGAACUAAACGAAGACAAUGAAAAGUUGAUGGAUUUGCAAAAACGAUUUCUUCAUCUUCAUGAACAGUAUGAUAUACCAGUACUGAGUUUUGGAGAGACAGAGAAAACUAGUAUCAAAAUGAACAUGAAAGUUCAUGUAGUUCCUCCAGAGUCAUCUGACCCUGGUUGCGGUGAGUUCCAUGCUAUGGAGACAAACCAUAUCAAUAUUUGUAAACCUAAGGACACCCAGGCGGACCUUUAUCUUCUUACAAUUUCGUUUAUCAGAAAGUGUAUUUUUCAUCAUAAUGUAAGAGAGGCUGUGAGCAAGGCUAAAGAUAAACUUGAUCUAAAGCUUGAUUCAUGAUGGGAGACAUGAGUUUAGGCUACUCUUAAAAUAAAGUGAUUGCUCAAUUUAUGGAAAACUUCCUAAAUUGUGAACUCUGAAAUCUUUCCAAAUCGCCAGUUGAACAAAAUACUAUUUUGAGAACAUUAUUGGUUCAAGUGUGGCCAGGUAUCAUUCUUUUAUUAGUUUGGAGUUUGUGAAAAAAAUUGUAGCAGCAUCCUGAACAGUUGAAGAAAACUGAAGCGUAUGAGAGUUGGAAGUAAAACAGUUUGAAGUCUAGUAAUACUGCAAAGUCUGUGUUCAAAAACAGUUUCAUUGGUGCAAGGUGACACUGAAUUUUAGGGGUAAAGUUAUGUAUAUACUUAAUUUUUGUGUGUAUACACUACGAAAAUUUUAAGUGAAAAAUAUACAUUAUGUUCCACAUUUAAACCUGUACAGAGUUGUUAUUGUUCUAGUAUGCUAUCUUAUUUCUAUUAGCCUUCAGGACCGAGUUUUUCGAAACUUUAUCAGUUGGUUAAGCUGUCUGCUUAAUGACUUUGUUCUUUAUCUGCCCAUAAUAUACUGAUGAAAAUAUACUGGUUAUAGAUGUAGAUUUUAUUUUUAGUGCAACUGGUGUAUUGGAAAUAGGAAAAGUUUUAAGACACAUUAACCAGUGGAUAAAGUUUUGAGCAACUUGGUCCAGAAGCUUAGUGAAAUUCCUACCUCUUGCAGUAUUACUGUCCUCUGCCUUUUUCAAACAAAAGAAGGUUGGGUGGGGGGGGAAGGUGAAGAGAUUAAAGUGGGCAGAGUUCGUCACACUUCUUACCCAGUCCAUAACUCUCCAUCUAUGAAGGAAUUUUGAAAUACCGCAACUUGGCACAAAUGUUCCUCAUAAUGAGAGAUGUGCACAAGAAAUAGACCCUAGCUCAAAAGUAAAGGUCACACUGGUAUGUGAAAUGUUAAUAAGAUGUGAUAGUGCAAUACCAAGACCUGUAGCUCCAAUGUCAAGGUCAAUCUUACAUUUGGCAUGAAAUAUAUUUUGUGAAUAAUGUCUUGAGGCAGGGACGUUGGUAACUCAUACAAUAUCUUGUUAA